AUGGAUUUAUACUUUGGAAUUUUAUGGGCGCUGUUCGCAGCAGCCCGUCUUGCAGGGUGCGUAGAAAUAACAUGCAGAGACAUAAGAGCCUGCCAGAGGGCUGCAGUCGGCAGCGUGGGCGGAGAAGGAGUGCACUUGAACCCGAAGUGGGUUGGGCACCCUGCAUACAUAACCAAGCUAGGCGAGCUGGGGUAUGUGCGCAACAUGCGGGCAUACUCCUACGGAAUGGACACGGCGUUUGGCGUGGCGCCAGACCCGUUCGAAAAUGGGGCCGAGUGUCCUACGUGCGGGAGAAAGGCAAAGACGCCAGAAGAAGAGAAGUAUGUGUGCACGCGGGAGCCGCACAAGGACAGGGCGCACCUUCCAAUGGAUAUUAAGGGUGCAGUUGAGUUUGCACAGAGAGGAGAGUAUAGCGUGAAGUUCCACCGCACGCUGGCGCAGAUGUUUGGGCUGACCGCGAACGAGCAGCUGACAAUUGAAACCGGGCGGCCGCACUCCUUCACAGAGUUCCUCCGGGAGAGCUGCAGAACGCAAAAGGAGGCGCACUACGUGCUGGCAGCGCUGGUCCUGCUGAGCGAGGGCGUGGACGUGCCGAUUGAGACUUCUGGGAACAGAGUAAUUAUAAAAAAAAGAAAAGACAGCGAGGACGUGCUGGUGGAUGCCCGCAUGGGAAGGGCAGCUUUAGAUAGCGGGGAAGAACAGCUUUCCGAGGCUUGGCAGGUGGUAAACUUCUUCAAGCAGUACAGAGGCACUCACAAAACGCUGAGCACGCGCGAGGACUUUGAGAAGGGUGACUUUCUGGAGAGCCCGCAGCUUCUUAUUCUUACAUACGUAGGCGAGUACGUGAAAAACGCCAAGGAACUUAUGUCUGUGAUGGAGUGUGCGUUCACGCUUAUGGAGGGCAUGGAGCUGGCCAAAAGCAUGGAGGACCCGGACAGCGUGGUCAGCCGGCUGUUUGUGCCGGCACGCGGCCUUCCAGCGGCCGAGGCGCUGCUGGCGCCGCUUUUAAGCGCGCAGAAAGACAUAAAGCUUAUCCGGCUUUUCGAAGCGCUUCAAGGCUUGAACGGGAUGCUCGAGAGCGAAGAAAAGAAGCUGCACAGAAGAGAGUGGGUAGACUUUAAUGGGUGCAAAAGGAUAAAGCAAGAAAACGAGCAGCAAAACAUGCCCUGCGUCUGCGUUGGGGUGCUUUCGCUCUUUUUUCUCCUGGCAUACGACACAGAGAAGGGUAUGUACAACUUUGAGGCUUUGAUGGAGGGCGCAGAAGACACUGCAGAGGCAGCGCAGACCCAAGAGUUCAUCCUGAAGAUGGAGGCGCGCCUCGAGAAGCUUUCCGGCAGCGGCCCCAACAACUCUACGUGCACAAUGCUAGAGGCCUCAGAAGUCUGGAACCUGGCAGUUGUAGAGUUCGGGCGCGUGCUGGGCAGCGCGGAGCCGGGGCUGCUUGGCGCCAUGCGCGCGCUUGCGCAGAUAACAGGGCGGCCGCAGGCCGUGGUGGACGAGCUGGCGGCGUGCCAGAGCGCCUUGGCGCGCGCAGGGCAAGGAAACCUCGAUGCCGACGCGCAGGAGAAGGUUUUUGCGCUCCUGCGCUCGCUGGCUGUGGGUAGUAUUGACACAAUGUCCAUUGCGGAAAACCUGCACGACGUUACCGGGCUUUCCGGACACUCGAUUUCGAUGAUGCGCACACACAGCUUCCUGAAGGAAAUCCACAGCAUAAGUCUAUAUUUCAGCGGCGAGCACGUGACAAUAGUGGGAUGUUCGCUUAGAGACAAGUCUCUUUCCAUGAUAUUGGGGCCAGAAAUGAACCGGGUGUUCGAGCAGUACAAGCAGCACGAGCAGCAGGCGCCUUUCACAUGCCCUGUAUUUUCCGAGUACAUAAACAUGGCAAAAGUGCAUCUUGGGUACUCCUAUACGCCUUGCAAUGCGCAGAAAGAAAUGCAGAAGGCAAUGGAGGAAAUGGCAGAGCACGGCCCAGAUCAGCUCAACCGCGUGUUUCUGCUGCAGGGCUUUGCACGCCCGGAGUUCAAAAAAGACAUUGUUUCUGCGCUGCUUGCGCAUGCGCACCAGCACAAAGUUGCGCUGUGCGGCUCUCACCCAAUACCUCGGAUGGCCCGGAACAUCAUUGGAAGCACAGAUCUCAGCCAAAAGGCGGUGCAGGAGGACAUGCUGACGCUGCCUGCGCUUAUCGGCGCGCUGGAGACGCAGUAUCCGACAGUGCAGCUGUCGCACGGGCGGUAUGUGCACCUUCUGGACAUGAAUGGGGUUCCUACAUCGCAAACCCUGUACUUGAUAAACGAAGACUCCGUGUUUUCGAGCGAGCUGCUUAUGGACCACCUGCGGGGAUAUGCGAAGAAGGCAAAGCAGCCGCUGCUUGCGUGUCCGCGGGUGGCCAGGUUCUGGGGAGUCAACGAAAUUGAGUGCAGUUUGUUCUUGAAGAGCCCCGCGCGCGCCAUACAGGAGCUGACACAGCUGGCUCUGGAAGGGCAUUCGGGGGAGGGCCUGGAGAAGGCCCAGGGCACUGUCCGAACGCUUGUUUUUAUGUGGCUGAUGUGCCUGCUUUCCAUAAGCAGAAAGAUAUGCCACGAGGCUGCGCUGCAUGCAUACCAUGUUGUGGAGCUAGCCCAUUAUAGGGAGUAUGUGAAAGAGAUUUCGCUCCCGAACAUGUCCAUUCCGAACAGGGCACUGGCGUACGCAGGAUACAACGAGGAGAUGAAGGCUUUGCUUCUGGAAAGCGGCGGAAACGAGAAGUACUUGCUGCUGCUGGAAGCGCUUGGCGCGGUCUGCAGAGAGAGAAACCUGCUGUCCUGA